UUGUGUCAUUUUCUACUGUUAUAUUAUUGCUAUGAAAUAUGAAUUGAAGAAUCAACAAAACAAAAAUUAAACAAUUCUUUGGCGGUUUACUUAAAAUUACAAUUUCAAUAAUAUGACCCGAGCUCGUCCAUCUGAAUCAUCGCCACGAUUUCUAUCAUACGAAAUGUUUACCGGAGCAAUACAAACCAGUGUCCCAUAUUCUUCACCUAUUUACAACACUCAGCCAAGCCCAGAGCCAAAAUUAAAUAAAGAACAAAAAAACACUUUGAAAAUAAAGCGACCUUCAUAUUCUGAAAUGAUUGAUGAAGCUAUUUUUGAGAAGCACCAAAGAGGCAAAGGUGCCUCUUUGGUAGCGAUUAAAAAAUACCUUCAAGAAACUUACAGCGUUGAUGUGAAGAAUAUACAAAAUCGUAAACGAAUUUGCGCAUACAUCAGAGAAUCUAUUGGUAAUGGCGGGCAUUUGAAAAAAAUUACAGGUCAUGGGGCCCAAGGUUCAGUUGCUUUGACAGACAAUGCCCGUAAGAAAUUUCGGAUUAGGAAGGAAAAAUUAUUGGGGAACAACACUGAACCUGAUGAUAAGAAAAAAGUUGCAGCGGGCAAAACUAAAAGGCAAUUAACAGACACUCCAGUGACCCGCAUGAGAGUGAAAUAGGAAAAGUUCUCAUAAUCAAGGACGCAUCUUCAUGUUUUAGAACUAAAUUAUCUUAAAACAUCGAAUUUGAUGCAAACAUUUUGGAAGGAGUUUCAACUGAAGCUGGGCUUCAUUGAAUGUCUCAUUAAUUUAUUUAUACUACAUGCCUUUUUCUUUUCUUCCUUUCUCUUUUGAAAACGAAAAAUAUAUCGAUGGUGUCCCCAAAAAAAAAAAGGCCAAGGAUUUACCCUUUUAACACAAUGCCAUCGAUAUGUAUUAUUAUGUAAUAAAGUAAUCGUUAAAAAAAAUGUUUCACUUAAUUUGUUUUAAUAAUUAACUUUAAAUGUACAUAAAUGUAAGUAGUAAAUGCCACAAUGAAAUUUUCUUUUGUUUAUUUUGCUUUUUCUUGUUUUAUUUUUUGUAUAUAAUGUAUAAUAUAUUUAGGUGAAAAUAAAUGAAACAAUUUUGAAGAUCAAGUUUUAUA